ACUACCGUGAAAUGGAAGGGAAUGCAGAAAAAUGCAGGAAAAUGACGACACAAAUAGAACACGGGUUAAGGGUAAACCUGCAGACUACAGCACUGGAACAUUCAUCAUAAAUUUUCUGUUGCAUAGUCUAAUUUUUUGCAUAAAAAGUGAUAGUCAAUAAGAAGACAGGAAGAAAGCAAGCUCUCUCCGCCUUUCCCCUCCCCAUUUUUGUUAGUUUUGGGCCUCACUCUGCUCCUCUUGCGUUUCCCUCCCCAGCUCACUCCCCCUUUCCUUGAGAAUCUAUGCAAAUUACGAUUCUCGCUCUCUCUCUCCCUCUCUCUCUCUCUCUCUCCCUCUCUGUGCAUCUCUCUCCCCUCAGUUUGAUUGUGCCUGUACCGACCGCAAAAAAGUGCAAGUCGUCUUGACAGAGGAGAGGGAAAGGGGGAGAAAGAAAAAGGGGAGAGAAGGGGGUGGGGAAGGCAACCGUACGCAUCAAUUUGUACAGUCUUCAGUACCCUGCUUUUCUUGCGCCGACCAAAGAAACUGGGGGAAAAAAUCUGCAUUAUUUGCGGCGCCGCUACAAUGUGAUUCCGUGUGUGUAUGUCUGCGUGCUUCUAUGAGUAUAUGUCAACGUACAGUGCAAACGAGAGGCAGAAAGAAAGAGUGGAAAGGAAAGGGAGAAAGAAAGGGGACACGCAUCGCUGGAUAUCAUAGGUUUUUAACUUACCCACAGGCCGCCAGCUUAGUUCUUCUAAUGGCCAGCGGGAAGAUAUGGAAGGCAUAAAACAGCAAAAAUGAAGACGCGAACUCACAAAGAAUUGAUGCCCAUGCGCAGUGGGCGCAGACGGGGGGGCAGCGAGGAGAGGAGGGGCAGACGCCCUCACCCCAGUCCCUCGCGCGCCGAACGGAGCGACAGGCAAACGAGAGCCUCUGGAGAGGAUUUGGCUGGAGGACGCGUCAAUCGCCGAUCGCAAGGCCAUGACUCUUCGGAAAGUGAAGGGGAGGGACUCGUGCCACCACCUAAAAGACAGAAGGCCCAAGAUUCUUCCUCCUCUAUUCCCCCACCUUCGACUCACCCGGCCGACACCUCUACCACUGUUCCACCGCCACCCGCGGGUGCCAGCCAAUCACGCGAGAGCGAUAAUGAAGACGGCCAAUCACAGGGCAGCCGAAGCUCGGUUGGCGGCAGCUUAGCAAAUAGUAGCAGCAGCUUGAGCAGUGGGCGGGACAUUGACCAGGACAACCGUUCUUCGUCGCCCAGCCUUUCUGCAUCCCCUCUGGCCAGUUUGGAUUCUGAGUCCGACUCCCCUGACUCACCAAAACAAGGAGAGAGGGACAGAGACAGGGGGAGGGAGGGAGGGCAGAUGAAAUCGGGAGGGGACGAGAGGAGAACUGCAGGAAGAGGGGAAGAGUCUGGAGGUGGAGAAAGGAGAGAUGGGGAUGCAGGGAUGGAGGACAGUCCUGUUCUAAAACCUGCCUCCUCUCUGCCUCCUACCAUUCGUGGAACGGGCGAUUCGGCAAGUGACGCCGGCAACAGGAAGUCCUACUUCUCCCUGGAGUCGAAACUCGCAAACAAGAUGGACUACCCAAAUGCCGACAGCGCGCUCAGUGGCAAUCGAUUAAACUCCAAAGCUGGCGCCCAGUGUGUGUCAAAGGGCGUGGCCAGUGGGGCAGAAUACCCCCACCCCAACCCCAGCGCGCCACACCCUCCGCCCCUGCCUCCGCCCCCUGCCCUCAAACCUCUGGAGCUUGGGCAAAACCUGCAGGCGGAACCCAAGGUGGACAAAAUGGAGAGGGCCGAGAAAGCUGUCGACAAAACAGCCCCCCCUUCUCUGCUGCCCCAGAUAACUCCCCUGCCCCAGCCGGCGCCCCCGCCUCACCCUCAUCAUUACAGUCCCACUGGAUGGUCGGGGGGUGGGGGCCCCGGCGGCCCCGGGAGCUGGGGCUUCUCCCGUUACCCCGGUAACCAUCACUCGCAACAGCCACACCCCCCAGUGCAGCAGCAGCAGUUGCCCUCCGUCUACAAUCCCCCCGCCUCUCGGCACUCGUCCCACCCUCCUUACCUGCCUCACCCCCACCGGGAGUACCUCCCCAGGUACGCAGCGGGGGAGAGAGAGAGGGGGGUUGAGAGGGAGAGGGGUGGGGUGAGGGACUUUGGGGGGAGAGACAUCAGUAGGGAGUUUUCGGUCAGCAUCAGCAGCAGCAGCAACAGUAGCAGCGCUAGCAUAAGCAGCAGCAGCAGCGUGAGCACCUGCGGUCCGAACGGAAACCAAGCGAGGGAGUUCGGGAGUCUGUCGGUGAGCCAGAGCCGGGAGUAUACCGGGCUGGGCUCCCAGGGUUCUGGCCGGGACGGGUCCGGGCCCGCGCAGGGAGCCCGCGACUUCGCAUCGAGUUUCCCAUCCAGGGAGAGAGACCGAGAAAGGGACAGAGAAACCGGGAGGGAGUUCACCCUGCAGAACCAGAACCCAGCACAGAACCGUGACUUUGGUUCUGGUGGAGGAGGCGGGCACCCAAAGGAGAAGGAGGGCAGGUGGGGGGAGUUCGCAGGGCAGCUGAGAGAGGCGGGGGCCAAUAGCAACCCCAGCAAUAAUGCCGCCUCCUCCGGGAACGCCGCCACGCCGGCGGGGGGCUUGCCCGCGACCCCGCUGCUUAACCGCGAUGCCCCAACCUCGCCCCAGAGCGGCACCCCCAGCCACCCUCCUCCACCCUCCCUGGCCCCCCUCUGCCAGCCACAGGCCUCCUCCAACCGAGACUACCCCCCCUCCAUGGAGUUCGCCCUGCAGCAGCAGCAGCAGCAGCAGCAGCAAGCACCGAUGCAGUCCUCGCAAGGUUCUUCCUCCUCUGGUUCGGACUCUCUCUCCUCCCACUUUCUGAGAGAGUACCCCCCACCGGGGGCGAAAGAGUACCCCCCAGCUGUGCCUCCCUCCUCUGUCCCCCUCCCCGCCGGGCCCAGAGAGUACCCCAGCCCCACCAGCGCAGGAGUGGGGCUCGUCCGGGAUUACCCCGGCGGGUCGCAGUUGGCCCUGGCGUCCCACCCGCACUACCCAGGACAGGGGGCGCCGCCGCAGGGCAGAGAGAGGGACAGGGAGCGAGAGAGAGACGCCGGCUCGUCCACUCUCUUCACCCGCGCCGGCCAGCCCCCGUCCCUCUCCCCCUCCUCCUGUCACCCUCGUCCCCCUUCCGCCCCGUAUCCCGCCCCUCCUCCACCUCCUCUCCCGCCCCCUUCCUCCCUCACCCAGGCCCUCCCGCCCUCCAGUCUUGGGGCCAACCACACACGGCCAGGAGCGUACCAUUCUUCUAAUCCGACGCUGACCCCCCCCACUCCCCUGUCCCCGCUCCCCAGCCCCUCAGCCAAUCAGAUUCCAGGAUUCUCCUCGACCAGCGCUCCGCUUCCUGCAUCUGGUACAGCCACCACGUGUGCUGCCGGUUUUAGGCCUUCCCCCUAUCAUGGCAAUUUAAGUAGCCACGCCCCUUUUAAUGCUUCCUAUCACACAAACGGCAACAGCUUGAACAAUCUCGCAAACAGCAGCAACAGCAGUAGCGGCACUAAUCACAAUGCCACCGGCGGCAAUAGCAAUAGCAACGCUCACGCUCACUCACUUUCGCCCCAAAACAAUGGCAACGCGUCAAAAAUCCACCCGAAUCUUGGAAACCCUGGAAAUAGCGUUUCAGCCCCUCCCUCCAGUGCCUCUCUUCCAGGAGACGGGCUCACCGAUUCGUCCACGGCUCCGCCACCUCCACCUGUCAUCAAGGAGGAGCCAAUGGAGGAGAGGGAGGAAACGGAUAGCCCUGCUCCUACCCUAAGAAGUCCCUCGCCAGAGCCUAAGCCAGUGGAUAUCCCAAUCCAUGCCAGCCAGUCAGCACGGUUCCACAGGGUUCUGGACCGGGGCCCCGGGAACUCGUGUGCCCGCAGCGACGUCCUCUUCGUCCCCCUGGACGGGUCCAAGCUCUGGAAGAAGAGGAACGAGGCAAUCGAGCGAGCCAGGAGAGAGGUGGAGCAGAGAGCCAGAGACCUGAGGGAGAAGGAGAGGGAGCGAGAGAGGGAGAAGGAGAGGGAGCGGGAGAGGGAAGUGGAAAGACACCUGCAGAAGGACAACGGCGGUGGCUCCGGUGGAGGAGUGGGUGGAGGGAGCCGAUCUGCCUCCUCCCUCUUCUUCCCCCCUUCCUCCUCCAUCCUCUUAGACCCGUCCUCUUCCUCCUCCUCUUCAGCCAGCAAUCCGGCCGUCCAUCCGCCACCCCACGCCCACCACCACCACCCUUCCCACCACCCCCACCAUUCCCACGCCCUCCACCCGUCCCACCACCUGCACCCCUCUCUCUCUCACUCCCUGCUCUUGCCCUCCAUGGCAGGGGGCUCGGCGCCCAUGGGGACCCCCCAGGGAGCCCUAGGGGUGGGAUUAGGGGGUCCUUACCUGGGCCCGGACACCCCUGCGCUGAGGACGCUCAGCGAGUACGCCCGCCCCCACGCCAUGUCGCCCCUGAACGCGGCGGGCAGAGUGCAAGGCCACCACCCCCACCUGCACCCCCACGCCCAUCCACACGCCCACCACCACGUCCACCCCUCCUUCUUCCUGCCCCAGUUCCAAAACCCGGCGCUGGCCCACCCGCACCACUUGCCCGCCGAUGCCGCCACCGCGGCGGCCAUUUUGGGCUUCCUGUAUGGGGGAGGGCUGGAAGGGGGCCCGGGGAUCGGGGCUCACGGGAUGGGCGGCCCUGGGCCGGGGGGGAUGGGGGGCGGCCUCGGGGGGGUGGGUUUCCCUCACACGGUAGCGCACAGGGACCGUGUAAAACCCGGGUUCGAGUUUAAGAGCGAGGAGCGGGUGUACCAGUCCAGCACCAUGACGGACCCGGCGCUCGCCCUGUCCCACGCCCACCCCCACUCCCUGCUCCUCGGGGGAGCUGCGGGCGGAGCCGCCGAGGUGUCUCUCUAUGGGACCCCGCCCCCGCCAGCCCCUCCCCCGCCCCCUCUCCAAAACCCCGCCCUCGCUCCAGCAAACCGCAACCCUAACCCAGCCCCUCAAUCCCUGUCUGCCCCUCCCCCUUCCUCCCUCCUCCCACCCUCUCUCCCCUCCCAUCCAACCCCUGCCGUGGCCCCCACCCCUCCCGCCCCUGCUCCUCCCCCUCCUCCUGCUCCGGCUGCCAACCCGGCCUCCUCCCUCCAUCACCCCUCCGCGCACUCCUCUUUCCCCCACUCCCUCUCCUCUCACCCUCAGCCCGCCCCGGCUCCGGCCGCUCCCCCCGAAAACUACCCCGCCCAGAGCCGCUCUCCCGGCGGGGCAGAGAGGGAGAGGAGCGGGGAGAGGGAGCGGGACAGGACGGGGCCUCCCACCGCAGAGAGAGAGCGAGAGAGGGAGAGAGAGAGGGAGAGAGGAGGAGGAGGAGGAGGCGGAGGAGGAGGAGGCGGGGAGUCCCUGGGGCGGCUCCAGAUGAUGAACGUGACGCCACAUCAUCACCAGCACUCGCACAUCCACUCCCACCUCCACCUGCACCAGCAAGACACAGCAGCGGGCGGGGUGCACCCCCUGAUGGACCCCCUGGCGUCAGGGUCCCCCCUCGCCCGUCUGCCCUAUCCGGGGGCCGCCCUGGGACCCCCCAUCCUGGCACACCCCCUCACUGACAGUGAGGUUCUACGCCAGCAGCUCUUCGGGGCCCCGUUUCGGGAGCUGCCCCAGCCCUCCUCCCUGUCCGGCCCCAUGUCCGCGGCCCACCAGCUCCAGGCCAUGCAGCAGGCCCAGAACGCGGAGAUCCAGAUCCAGAGACUGGCUCUGGAGCAGCAGUGGAUCCAUCACCACCACCACCACUCCCUCACACAGGACGAGUACUACAGUCACCUGAAAAAAGAGAGUGACAAGACGCUGUGAGGGGGCAGAGAGAGCGAGAGAGAGAGAGAGUGAGAGAGAAGGAGAGAGAAGGAGAAAGCAGCCACGGAUGAAUAAAAAGAAGGACACCGUGUGCAAAUGAAGAGAUAACCCAAGGAGACUGAAUAUUUGUGAACUCACUGACUGAGCGAAAGGCACGGUGACCCAACGCAGCGAGAGAAAAAAAAAACAAAAAAACAAAAAGGGCCGAAGUAGAGGUGUGGAGACUACGGCGUCCGAAGAAAGGGCCACGUUCACACGCGUCCCGGGACCCUCCCAAACCUUCGACCCGGGCACACACAACGAGGCACCCCUGCGAUUUCUGUCUGUUUGAAUCCCGGUGUCGCCGGGGGCGCAUGCCCCUGGAGACCGGCAGGCUGAAGCCUGCGAGUGUGUUUCCUUCGCCCCCCGGACGGACGGACGGCCCGACGGUUUUUUCGGGGCGACGGCGGCGCUUCGCCCCCCCGCUCGGCGCCUGCUCGAUGAGUCGUCCUUAGAUCAUCCGAAAUUGGGCUCGCAGGGAAAUACUGAAGCUCUGCCACAGAGCUCUGCACACGACCGUAAACAACCGGAAUAAAGCUGGCAGCCGGUGCGAGCUGACCGAUCCCCUUUAAACUCACGUUCCGCACAACAAAACGAAGGCAGGCCAUCCUACGGCAGAAAAAAAAAGAAAAGAAAAGAGAGGAACGCAGAAUUCUCAUUAUCUAGCACUUUUCAGAUGCAGAUUUUAUUAUGGUAAAAAAAUAAUAAUAAUAAUGAUAAUAAUGAAUGACCCACUGACGGAAUAAUCAUAUUAAAUCAAGCAAUUUUUCAGUUCAACUUGCCCUUAAGAAAAAACAGCACAGAUACAAGAUGAAGAGCCUAAAAUGAAAAUGAAGGCCUUUUAACACAGUAGUGUGUUUAAUAUGUCAUUGAUUCUUGCUCCGGGACAUUGAGCAAAUACACUUAAAACUACGGUGUAUGACCUGUAAUAUAUUAUGUAUAUUUGCUGGAGGCCACAAUACAGUGUGUGUACUAUAUAUUAAGCCAGAAGGACUGUAAAUAAGGUUUUAUGUCAUUGCAUGUAGCUAGAUGCUGAAUCUUAACUGGUGGGACUUUUUGUUCUUUUUAGUAAUCUCCACUCCGACUGGUGGAAAUUUUAUGAGCAUGCAUGAGGCCUAUGAUUUUGUGUCAUAUUAUGAUUGUUAUUAUUAAUCGUAUUAUUCUUAAUGUUGUCUGUUUGUUAAUAAUUAUAUUAUUAUAUAUACAUAUUAUUUUUUAUUAUUUUUUUACAUUUUCAUGGUAUGAUCAGUUUUAUUUUGAAUUUUGAAUUUCCCUGUGAACAAAGAAAUGCAAAUGAAAGAAAAAAAGAGUCUUAAAAUAAAUGAAAUGUUUUUUUUUUCUAAAUAUU